AUUAAAGAAAUUACCUUUAAAAUAAGCCCUAAAUGUUUAAAAUUUUGUUGAAACUUAAAAAAUAAUAUGAAAUUCAAUUAUAUUGUAGAGUACCGUUAGCAAAUUUAAAUAAUAAACGAACGGAAAUUAAAUAACUCGCAGCAAUUGUGUAUUUUUUUCUGGGGCCUAAAGAAAAGAGCAGCGAAAAAAUGUUUCAUUCGAUGACCACCACCACAACUACAGCAGAAGAAACGAGUUACUCGUAAAUUAUUGCUAAAUAAGGAGCAAAUUUACAGAAAAGAGAGCACUUUUAUAUUUUUAAUAGUAUAAUAUGGAAAAUAAUACACAAAAGAGAAGACGUUAUCAAAAGGACUUGGCACCCACAGAUGAUAUUCUAACAUUGAUACAUUUGGUGCGACAAAAUCCUACAUUGUAUAAUUAUAAAUUGCAGCCAAAUCAACGCAGGCGUAUAGAUAUUUUAAAUGGUUGGGCGGAAAUAGCAGCGGCCAUAGGAAACAAAUACACCGUCGAGGAAUGUCGCCGCAAAUGGAAAAAUCUACGCGACACAUAUCACCAAUAUCGUUUACGUAAACCCAAAAUGAGUGAUGGUCUUUCGAAGUGGCGCUACGCCAAAGAUAUGGAAUUUCUCUCGAAUGUCUAUCAACCGAAAUUAAAAUCUAAUCGUACCCAAAACUACAACACCACACCACAAGAUAAUCUCUUGCACAGCGUUUCGGAAAGUACUGACGAACACGAUCAUGUUGUGUCCCAGGAUAUGGUGCAUCCGAAUAUUAUAUCAGUCAAUGAUACGGACACAUUUAUUUUGACCACUUACGAAGAUGUAACACAUGACAACGAUGUCUCGCACGAGGAUCCCAAUAUGGUGUCGCAUAGUGAAUUGAAUCAUGACCAGAAUAGCAUGGAAGAUUGUGUGGAGAUAGUUAAGCAUGAACAGCACGUGACUUUGGAUGAUGAUGGCAAUACGGGCGGUGAGGUUGACUAUGAGGAGGUAUGUUUGUAUGAAGAGUCUGGCAAUACGCCGAGUGUGGAUUGUGAGACAAUUAUUGGGGCGGGAGCUGGUACAAAUUCGGCCAAUUCGGAUGAUACAAAAUUUCAAUAUAUCGAUGCAAACGAUUUCUGUAUAGCCUCAAUGAAUCCCACAAGAUCACAAUAUUCAAGUAGUGCUAGUAGUGUUAUUGGUGCGGCGGGAACUAUUAAAUUGAAAACAUUACCCAUGGUCAGUUCUUCGACUACUUCCACAGCCUCCUCAACGCUUGACUCUACAGCAUCCUGUGUUGCAAUCUCCUCUCCUUCUGUACACUUACAAACUCUACCCGAGCUUACUCCCUCGCCAGCAAUACCUCCGUCUACAACAACGGCCAGUACGCCUGCUACAUAUAUGUAUGCCUCUAUAAAUCCCACAAGAUCUCAAUAUAACAAUAAUAAUAACACGGGCAGUGUUAUUGGGCCAACGGGUACCAUUAAACUGAAAAACAUACCAACGGUCAGCUCCUCUACCACUGCUAUGCCCUCUACAUCAUCUACAACACUGGACUCUACAACGUCUUGUGGUACCAUAGCCUCCUCACCCUCAGUACAUAUACAAAAUCUGCCCGAAUUAACAGCCUCUCCCACAACACCCUCUACAACGCCCAUAGACACCAAGCAUGACGGCAAUUCCCUUCUAACCUCUGCAAAUACAAAUUCCCAACAAAUGCAACCUAUCUACGCAAAUACACCCUCCACUUCGUCGGUCAUGUCUUCGUCAGCCACAAUGUUUUGUAUUCAUCAACGUGAAGAAUGUGAUUUAUUUUUUGAUUUUCUUAAAAAGAAAAUCCAACGUUUUCCACCUGAAGAGAUCACCUCCAUACAAGUGGAAUUUCUUAAUUGCGUUUUGCGUCGAGAGGCAGAACAUGCCCAGAAAGCCCAACAACAACAACACCAACAGCAGCAUAAUUCUAUUCAUUAGUGAUCUUUUUUAGAUUUGUUUUCUAUACAAAAAACAAGGUUUCGUUAAAAACAAAAAUUAAAGUUUAAUAGAAAUUAUUGAUAUAUUAAAUAAAAACAUAAUUAAGUUUAAGUAACAAUAUUUUUAGUUUUGUUUAAAUAAAAUUAAUUUAAUUUGUAAAUGUAUAAAUAAAAUAAUGAAAAUUAAUAAAUUAAGGAAAUUUUAA